AUGAUAGGUAAAAUAUUUGAUAAUGCCUUUAGAAUUCGUACAUAUAAUAGACUUAUUUGUUUUUUAAUUGGUGGAUCUUUUACAUAUAGUUUAACUAAUCCAGAUAUUGAUACAGUAUAUGAAUUUUUUCCUAUUUUUAAACAAAAUAAAUAUGCAUAUUUAACUUUUUUAGAAAUUAAUGAAAAGAAUGAUAAAAUAUUUGAAGAAAAAUUGAAAGAUUUAUGCAGAUUUUAUCAAAAACAGCAAGGAUAUCUAUAUACAAAAAUAAUUAAAAGAAAAAAUAAUAUAAAUAAUUUAAGUAAGUACAUAAUUGUAUCCACAUGGUUAAAAAGUGAAAAUUAUCUUUUAGCUUGUAAUAGAUUAUACGGACAAAUUUUAAUAAAAAAUAUUCAAAAAUACACCAAUUAUAAUUCAUAUUUAUAUAGAAUAGUUGUUGAUGAUUCAGAUUAUCUUCCACCAUUUUAA